AUGGGCGGCAUAUUGGGCGGGGACGUGGGUUCUGGCAAGGCGGGUCGCUCCCCAACACCGACACCCAAGAACGGAGCAGGAGCUGGAGGUGGAGCUGGUGUCGGAGCUGGGGUAACAAAUGACGCGCUGCCAACAGCUGCAGCGGGGCCAACAACGGCUGGCGUUGGUGGCGGAAGCGGAGGCGGCGGCGCCUGCAGAUCCACGCUACAUGCGAACAAAACGAUACUGAAAACGGUUUCGGUAUUCCUUGCCAGCGGCAAACGAAACUCCAGCAACCAGUCGAAGGCGGCAGCGGCUGCUCUGCAGAACAAACGGCAACAGCGCCAACGGAAAAUGGACGAGCUGAGCGGCAAAAUAAAUCCCAAGCUCUUGGACAAUCUGCGCAAGAAGACGCGCUUUACCAAGGACGAGCUGGAUGCCCUGUGCCGGAUCUAUCGCAAGCUGGUGUCGAAUUGUCAGUAUGCGGCCAAGACGCUCGCCUCGAGCUCUACGAGCGCGGCCAUAGCCAAGCCCCAUUCCGCUGUCGAGGGCAUCGAUCGGAUCGUGUUCCGUGAGCUGUUGCACAGCACCUUCGAUAUUGUCACCGAGGAGAUACUCAUGGAGCGCAUCUUCUGCAGCUGGGACAAGGCCCAUGAGGGCCUGCCCCUGCGCCUGGAAGGCUGGCUGAUUGGCUUGUCGAUCUUCCUGCGCGGCACUCCGGCGGAGCGUGCGGCCUUUUGCUUUCGUGUCUACGAUCUCAACACGGAUGGGUUUAUUACCAAGGACGAGAUGUUCACGCUACUGCGCAACUGCCUCAUCAAGCAGCCCCAGGACGAGGAUCCCGACGAGGGCGUCAAGGAUCUUGUCGAAAUCGUACUGAAAAAGUUCGACCUGGACAAGGACGGCAAGGUCUCACUGGAUGACUUCAUGGGCACCGUCACCGCGGAACCGCUGCUAAUCGAGGCCUUCGGACAGUGCCUGCCAACCGACAGCGCCGUCGUCUCCUUCUUCUCAACGCUUCAGGUCUAG